CCGUACACUCAGAUCUUCACUUUGCAUUUAUAAACCAAACUGUCUCUCUUUUCUCUCAUCUCACACUAAUCCUCAUCUUCAACCUCUCUUAUUACAUGAACCUUAAACACCAUCACCAUCAUAUAGUUGUUAGUAUUACCUAGCAACGUUGUGUAAAGAUGAUGUACGAACAGCAACCGGUGGAGAGGACCACAUAUAGUAAUAAUUCGAAUUCCAUUGAGGAAACUGAAAGGCUUGAAAUAGUUAACUUGAGUGGCAUGUCAUUAGACUCUCUUCCUAACCCUUCUCUCAAUUUAGCUUCCAUUUGCAAGUUAGACCUAUCCAAUAACAAUCUUCAGAACAUUCCGGAAUCAUUGACGGCGAGGCUGGUGAACACGGUGGCGUUGGACGUGCACUCAAACCAGCUGAGAACCCUUCCAAACUCCAUUGGCUGCCUCUCCAAGCUCAAGCUUCUGAACGUCUCCGGCAACCUCAUCCAACACCUCCCAAAAACAAUUGAGAAUUGCAAGGCCUUAGAAGAUUUGAAUUUAAACUUCAACAAGUUGAUCCAAUUACCAGAAAACCUAGGGUUUGAGCUAAUAAACCUCAAGAAACUAUCAAUCAACUCCAACAAACUUCUCUUCCUUCCACGCUCCAUCUCUUAUCUCACAUCUCUCAAGAUUCUCGACGCACGUCUCAACUGUCUCAGAUCUCUCCCGGAAGAUCUAGAGAAUCUCAUCAACCUUGAAACCCUAAACGUGAGUCAGAAUUUUCAUUUCUUGGAUUCAAUUCCAUCCUCCAUAGGACUUCUAUUGUCUCUCGUUGAACUUGACAUCAGCUACAACAAGAUCAAGUCCUUGCCGGACUCCAUUGGUGGUCUCAAUAAGCUUCAGAAGCUGAGUGUGGAAGGGAACCCUCUUACUUCACCACCACCGGAAGUGAUGGAGCUUGGAUUGCAUGCAGUGAAGGAGUAUCUCGGCAACAAGAUGAACGCUGGCCAUCAGAGUCCGACACCGAUGAAGAGUCCAACUAAGAAGAAGUCAUGGGUUGGAAGAUUGGUUAAAUAUGGAAGCUUCAAUAUCCGAAAUGGACCACGUGAAGAACGCGAAGCUUUCAUCGUUUCUGAUGAUGAUAGAUCGAUCGAAAGUGUUGCUUCAACUCGCUAUUCGGGGAUGUUUUCGCCCCGUCGUCUCUUCUCCGGUCGGAAUUACUUUAGCCAUUGAAGAGCAAAUUUGUGUUUCUUUGAGACCUAGGUUGCACUUUUUUGAUUUGGAAAUAAACUGUUAUAUCCUGUUGAAUGAUGAAAUAUAAAUGUAUGCUGUAUCUGCAUGCAAUUUUGUGGAAUGUGAUGAUAACCUAAAAAAAUAUGACACCACCACGGUGAUAUGUGAAAAAACAUUGAAGGUUAGUAGUUAGUACUCCCUUUGGUUUUAUGUUAUAAGAGAUAUUUAGUUCAUCAAAAAUUGAUAAAUUUAAUUUAGAAAUUAGAUCAAACAUAUUAAUGUUGAUGAUUUCUCAAUAGACCCCAUGGGUCCCUCAGGCAUCAUCGAAUUGACAAAAAUGUCACGGUACU